UGAAGGGUUAGGUGUUUGCCAAUUCCCCCCUUCCCCUCUAUUGUUUGAUGGUUUUGGUGAAGGGAUUGACAGACACCGCAUGAACAACUGGAAAUGCCUAUGUUGCCUGUGGAAUAACAUUAAUUUAGGGUAAAAGGUGCGCGCGGGCCCCGCCCCAUCAGCGCAGGAACAGGAUGUGAUGCCGCAGCGGAAGCGGCCGCAGCUUUCUGUCCAGCUUCGUGUCCGCGAGCAGGGAGCCCCUCUCGCACCAAGGGCAGGACAUGUUUGAAGCCAAACCCCGGGCGGUGGAGAAGAAAGAGUCGAGCACUGAGACAGAUGAGGGGCUGGGCAGCAGCGGGAGGCACUACGGCUCCGGCUCGCUGGGCUCCGGCUCGGCCGGCUCCGUCUACCUGUCAGACAGCCAGGACUGGGUGGUCUCCCCGAGCUGCUCUCCAGACGAAGGCCCCGGCCAGCACAGCGCCAUCUCCCCUCUGCUGGCCGAGGAGACCUUCCGCUACAUGAUCCUCAGUGCUGAUCGCGUGGAGCAGAUGACCAAGACCUACAAUGACAUGGAAGUGGUCACCCAACUUUUGGCCGAGCGGGACAGAGACUUGGAGCUGGCCGCUCGGAUUGGUCAGUCACUUCUGCAGAGGAACCACCUGCUGCAAGAACGCAACGAGGCCUUAGAGGAGCAGCUAGCACAGGCCCUGGACCAGGUUCACCAGCUGCAGCAUGAGCUCAGUAAAAAGGACGAGUUGCUGCGGAUGGUGGCCAGCGCCUCGGAGGAAAGCGAGACCGACUCCAGCGUGUCCACGCCGCUGCGGCAGCCUCUGCCGCCGGGGGGGACCGCCGCCGCCGCCGCCCUCAGCCAGCUGGAGUCUCUGCAGAGCAAGCUGCAGGAGCUGGAGGAGGAGAACCUAGCACUGAGAUCUGAGGCACGUCAGCUGAAGUGCGACACCAUCACCUUCGAGGAGAAGGAGCAGCAGCUAGUGAGCGACUGUGUGAAGGAGCUCCGCGAGUCCAACAGCCAGAUGGUGUCUCUGACGGAUGAACUGUCUCAGAAGAACGAGGAGCUGCUCAGACACCAGGAGGAGAUCGCUCAGCUGCUCUCCCAGAUAGUGGAGCUGCAGCACAGAGUGAAGGAGCUGGCUCUGGAGAAGGAGGAGCUGAGGAUCCACCUGCAGGCCUCCAAAGAUGCUCAGAGACAGCUGACAGCAGAGCUGAACGAGUUGGCAGACAGGAAUGCAGAGUGUGUCGAGAUGCUCCAUGAAUCCCAGGAGGAGAUCAAAGAGCUCCGCAGUAAAAGCACUCCCUCGGCCGGCAUGCGGAGGCACCUUUCCUACGGCCUCUACCCCAUGGACUCUCUGGCAGCAGAGAUCGAGGGCACCAUGAGGCGUGAGCUGAGUGUGGAGGAAGAGACAGCCUUUCAGGACCAAAGAAUAUCUCAGAGGCGAGUCUUCCAAACGGUCCGCACCAUCAAUGCAUCAGCAUCGCGGCCGUCUUCGGCCACCCCUCCCAUCCCCGGCUCAGGACAGAGCUCUCUAGUGAUGACCGCGCAGCCCUUCCAGUCCGUUCAGGGAGAGGAGGUGAGGCUGGGCCAGCCCGGCUCCCCGGGAGGAAACGACCUGACCAGGGCCCUCCACCGCCUGUCGCUGCGGCGACAGAACUUCCUGUGCGAGCGUCAGUUCUUCCAGGCGGAGCGCGAGAAGAAGCUGCAGGCGCUGGCGGACGGGGAGGGCAGCGGCUGCAGCUCACCGGUGGGCAGCGUGAUCUCCUCGUUCUCCAACCUGUCGGAACUCUCCUUCAGCUCCAGCGUGUUCAAGACCUUCCUGCCUGAGAAGCUUCAGAUCGUCAAGCCCAUGGAAGGCUCACUGACGCUCCACCACUGGCAGCAGCUGGCCAAACCCCACCUGGCCACCAUCCUGGACCCCCACCCUGGUGUGGUGACCAAGGGUUUCUGCCCACUGGCUCAGGACGCCGUCUAUCGCCUGUCCGACAUGGAGGAGGAUGAGGAGGACGAAGAGCACAGAGGAAUUGGUGUCCUGGAGAAGGGGGCGGCAGAGCGGGGUAAGGAAGAGGAGGAUGACGAAGAGGAGGAAGGCGGGAUCACCUUCAAGGUGCGCUUUUCGUCCACGCCGGAGGAGAGGAAGGACAGAAGGCAUUCGCCGUCGCCCCUCCCCGUCCCGCCUCUCUCGCCCACCCCGCCGACGUUGCCUGGGACUCCUGCUGCGUCUUCCUCAACCACGUCAGUCCUCUGCCUGACCCCCGCACCCCAUCACGUCACUGAGAAAUCCAGCCUAUCAUCUCAGCCCAUUCCAGCAGCCUGCACAACACUCGUCCAAUCACAAAGUCAGAUUUGCACCUCCACAACAACAACAGCAUCUUCCUCUGUUCAAAAUCCAGGAAAGUGUCAGAGCUCUACUUUCUCCACCUACACCAUCACGACCUGUCGCAUCCUGCACCCCAGUGACAUCACCCAGGUCACCCCAAGUUGUCAGUCGUCCCUCUUGGCCAACACGCCCAGCUCCAUGAGGACAGGUCCCAGUACCCCUGUGACUCCUUGCAGACUGAGUCUCGGGGACUCUUUUCCCCCUCGACGGCCCCAUGCGCCCCCCGGCGGCCUGGCCAAGCUUGUGCUGGAAAGGGGCAUUUCUGCACAGGUCUCCACCGACACCCCCCCUUCAUCCCCAAAGCCCACACGCCGGCAGCCCCUCUUCUGCCUCCUCCCAAGCACUCCCCCGAACUCCCCCUCCCACUCGCCCGCUCCCUCCCCGGUGCCCAUGGAGUCCCGCCAGCACCAGGCUGACAAUUUCCUGGCCUCGCGGCCAGCAGAGCUUUUUCUCCAGGACGUUUACGGGUUGAAUUUGGGCCGCGCGCCACAUCCAGACCUGCCAAGCUCCUCCCAGGAAACCCCAGCCCUUGCCCCGUCGUCGAAGUCCAGCAGAACCAGGCCCGACGUCGGCCUAGUGGAGAGGCUGCGGCGGCUGGGAUUCACCAAGGUGCUGCAGGGCGCUGAGUCAGAGGCUUCGGUGCCGCGCCAGGAUUCUGCUACUUUCGUGUCAGCCGGCGGAGGAAGCCUAUUGGACGGCCUGAGGCGCAACCAGAGCCUCCCGGCCAUGAUUGGCGCCCGGGCGGGGAAGUCAUCUGGCAACCCGACUCCUCCUCCUCACCCCACCUCCCUAGCCCUCCCCCCACCUCCCUGGGGAAACCUCAAAGAGCGGCGCCGGCAUCUUGCUUCAGUCUCCCACGUCCCGUCAAGUUCAACCAAACGCUAAAGAGGAAGUGGUGGAUGGACCAGAAGGGCAGACAUUUCAGAACAUGAACCCCUCCUUUACACCUCCAUCCUCUUCUUCCACCCCUCAUCUCUCCUCCUUUCUGCCUUUGGAGAGAGGAGUCAGGGCAUCUGGUGGGCAGAACAAUCCCUCCUUCUUUUCUGACUUGAUUUUAAAGCACAAUUUAACUAAUCUGACUGUUUUUAGCGAUACCGCAGUGUCUAUGUGUGUAGAUAUUUGCCAUGAUGCUAGUUAUCGAGGCCUUAGCUAGCCUCUGAGUGGGUUGUUCAGCUCCCGGCACCUUCUCAGUCAUGUACAAAUCUUUAAUUCGCUUGUGUCGUUUUCCCGCGAGGCUCUGGAUGUUCAGGUACAGGUAGAGGAGGUGGGGAAAGGAAAACAUGGAAGUGAAGGAAGGUGUGUGGAUGUGGAUUAGAAAGGAACCAGAGUUAAGAUGAAGGUAUUAAAGGAAAGCGGCAAGUGGUCUUUGCAGGUCAAGAGAAGGUAAGUGGAAGGCAAAGAGACAGACUGAGCAUCCAGAGUCUUGCUGUUUCAAGGGCUUGUUGUGUAGUGGUUUGGAAAAGCUUUAGUCUGUAAUAAAACAGUAUCAUCUGCAAAUAACUUAGUCAGAAGAGAAGGGAUUACUUUACUUUUAUUACUUAACAACUAGAAGACUUUAAGUGCUAGCUGAUUUAAUGGCAUACUGCCAGGCUAAUCUCGUAGUCAGACCAUGCUAUUAACAUGCCAGUAUUAAUAUUCUAAUGAUUUUACAGUAGUCCGUUGUUGCACUGAUGUCUGGUGACCGUCCAUGUGCCGUGCCCCUUUUCCCACCUCUUUGCAAGCGUCCGCAUGACAUGUCAAAAGCAACCUUGCCUACAGGUCCCAGCAUGCACCUGUCGGCGGACGGGUGGGGCCAGGCUUAAGGCGAGGUCAGAACCAUGUUAGACGCCAGGUAAAAAAAAAAAUAGGGUCUGCCUUUUUCCUCCAGGUCCUUGCAUUUUGCGUGUUUUUAAUGGUAUGAGGCCUUAAGUAGAAGCCAGCACUGUUAUGAUUUGUGUUCAGCCAUGUUUGUAUAUAUUAGUUGCACUCAGUGGAAUUUGGAAGGUGAGUUUGUGCCCAUUUGAGGACCACUGCUUGCUUGAAAACAUUUCAACACGGCCUUGGGCCUUCAAGCGGCAACGAAUCGGGAAUUUGAUCAUCUCAGUUUGCAGCCACCAUCCUUAUCUCAGGCCCGUGGGACGUUCAGGUUCAAUCUGUUCAGAGGGAAAAACCAUUGGCACGUUAUUUGAGUUGCGUUAUCACAUAAGGGUUUAUUACAUGUGGUUGUUUUCUGUGUUUAAAUGUGUCUGGGUUGUCUUCAGGACAUAUGCGGUUCACACACUGGCCAGCAGGUGGGAGUAUUGCUGUGGGAAAGCAUAUGAAUUAAUUAUACAAAGUACUGACUGAUAUGUUUAGAUACAAGGGAGCAUAGAGCUUUGUGCUCGACCCCUGUGACUCCUCAACGUCCAGUAGUGCUGUCCCUAACAUCCAUCAGUCCGACCAGACCCUCCAACCCCGCUACUGCACUUUUACUUAUUUAUGUAACCUUUGUUUUACUGACAUCACUAUUUGAAGUAUAUAGAUUCUAACAUAUUAAUGAGACAAUUUAGCGUAACGUGUGCCUGUUGUAACAAUGUCGGCUAACGUAAGAUUUUAAUAUAUGUAGCAGUAUUUUUUUUGCGUUUUUGCUUUCCACAUGUAGAGGCCCGCUGAAGGGAAUCCAAAUCAAGCCAAAAGUUUUACGUUUUAUUUUUGAAGAAAUGGAACACUCUCGCUUACACGUGUGUAUGUGAUGCAUUUUAGCGCUGAAAUAUUUAACAAAGGAAGAAGAGUUUCAGUUUAAUGUUUUGUAUGUCUGUAGGACUGGGAGAAGUGGAAAGAAGGCACAUCCAGACUGUUCAUACCUUCAGGUUCGUUGUUGUACCCACUGUUUUCCAGUAAAGCAGGAGGUUCAGCUUUGUGUCUAUCUUUAAAAAAACGUCCUGUGAUUUCUUCAUGCCUCCCCUCUAAGAUCACGGUCCUCUGUAAACUACUCAUGGCUAUUAUUCAGUUGCCUCUUUUUUAAAAUAAAGCGAUGGA